CAACCGGCUGCUUAUAUAACGAACUGAUGAAGAAAGGGCGCCAACACCUAAAAUAUUCCAGCGAAAAUGCGGCGAGCGUCGGUUCGCGCGGUCGCGGUCACCGCAAGCUUCUGGCAGAGGAGCGCCAAGGCGAGAGAUUUGUCGACCUGCAGCAGAAGAGUCCUCGAUAUGGCAUCUCGGGAUGGCGAGCUUAGGGUCUUCAUAGUUGCCGGCGAGGUCUCGGGUGAUUCCAUUGCUUCUCGCCUCAUGGCUUCCAUCAAGAAGAUUUCCCCAUAUCCUGUCCGUUUUUCUGGAGUCGGAGGAGCUUUAAUGUACCACGAGGGCCUUCAGUCUCUCUUUCCCAUGGAAGACAUUUCAGUCAUGGGGAUCUUUGAAUUGCUGCCAUACUUAAACAAGAUAAGGAUAAAGUUAAAAGAAACCAUUGAAGCAGCUUUACUGUUCCAGCCUCAUGUUGUGGUGACAGUUGAUUCAAAGGGAUUCUCUUUUCGUUUGUUGAAGCACCUAAAAGUUAGACAUACUAAGGAAGAUCAGUGUCCUAUAUGUGUCCAUUAUGUUGCACCAUCAUUUUGGGCAUGGAAAGGAGGUGAACGAAGACUAGGAAAACUAUCUGAAUUUGUUGACCAUUUGCUAUGCAUACUUCCGUUUGAAGAAGAAAUUUGCAGAUUAAAUGGAUUAGCUGCAUCAUAUGUUGGUCACCCCUUGUUGGAAGAUGCUUUUUGCUUGAACAAGGAACUUGAUUCACCAUCGUAUAAUUGGAGAUUCCAAGGAAAUGGUGAUGCUUUUCGACAACAACAUGGGAUUCCUCCUGGAAACACGGUUAUCACUUUACUUCCUGGAAGCAGGCUGCAAGAGGUUAAGCGUAUGCUACCAAUAUUUUCACAAACUAUGGAAUUAUUAAAUGGCUCUUUUACUGGAUUGUCUGCAAUUAUUCUUGUUGCCCCUCAACAGCAUGUGGCAUCUCACAUUGAAAGAGUGAUUCGUUCUUGGUCUUUAUCAGCCACAUUGAUUCCUGGGGUGUCCCUUCAACAAAGAUAUGAUGCAUUCAGUGCAAGUAGUGCUGCACUAUGCACGUCUGGUUCUGCUGUAAUGGAGCUGCAACUUGCAGGACUUCCCUCUGUUGUUGCAUAUCGAGCCCAUUUUUUGACUGAGUGGCUGAUUCAGCACAGGACCAAGCUCCAGUUUAUUUCUCUUCCUAAUAUUCUUUUGGAUUCAGAGGCUAUUCCUGAGGUUUUGUUUCGCUCUUGUACAUACAAGAACCUGGCAGCAACUCUCAGCAAAAUUAUUCUUGACGAAGAUGCUAGAGUGAAACAGAUCGAUGCAGCUGAGAGAGUUUUUAGACUACUCUGCCCUCAGGGUUUACAUUCCAUUACGGACAACUGCUGCCCCAGCAUGAAUGCUGCAUCCGUUAUACUGAAUUUAGGAAAGAAGAAAUGAGAGUUUAAUGGAAGUCGAAAUGAGAUAGCUUUCUCUCAAAACUAAUUUAUAUUUUGAAUUUUCUUUUUCAUAAUAUAUUAUAGUAAAGUAGAGAUUGGUGGCUUUAGCAAGAAAAGUGAGUUUCUCAGCAGCUAUGCGAGUUAUGUUUUAAAACUUAGUGGCAGUUUUGCAGAAGUUACUCCAAACUCUUAGACUGAGACUACUCAGUUGAAGUGUAUGAUACUGUAGCCAGUUGGAUCAAGAUAUAUAUAAUCAGGCUUUCAUCUAGAAGCCAUUGUUGUACUUCAAAAUAUUAUAUAUGUUUCUCUUUAAUGAAAAUGAAAGGUAUAUUGCAGUUGCUCU